AUGGGAUGGCAAGCGGUCAAAUUUGGGGGGCCGUCGAGACGCUGGAUCAUACCGACUUUCGACCAUACUGGGGAACAUGAUGCACAUGACAAAGAUUCAGAUUCAUUUGCAGAGAGAAAGCACGUCAGCAACGCGAUCAGCUUUGGAGUGACUGCCGGCUGUUGUGUUGGGGAAACGGGGGGAUUUCCCAGUGGGGGCUCCCACCGAGUGACGGACUCGUUCAGCCGUCUGGACUCUGGAUCAAAGCGCUCUCCCCCACCAGGUCGGGUGGUCAAUCCGAUCAUCUUCCGGAUGCUGCUCCGUGGCAGUCUUGACGCUUGA